CCGUUCUCAUAUAAUAUAUCCAUCCUGAUUCAAGAAUAUGGCCAUGUUGCAAGAGGAUGAAGCUAUGGAAGAUCUUGAUUCUGAUAAACCCUUCACAAGUCACACAUCGGGACCGAAUACCCGCCUGUCGCUAGGAAGUCUCUUCAGCCUUGUUGAAAGGUCGCUCGACAAUGCAAUCACAAAGCAUACCGGUUGGGCGUGGAAAGAAGUAGAUGCGGCAAUUCAUAUACACGAUAUUGUCCUCAGUCUAAGACACAUGAAGCAUGGGAUUACCACCGUAAAAGCGAACAUCGGCAAUUCUGCUACAAGCGAAGCCCUAGAAGGCGAAUCUAACGAAAGGCCUACGUUCUCAAUGCUUUUAGAAGAAGUUGAGCGUAACGAUAAGUUUCUCUCUGGAACAAUGAGGUCAUAUCUAGAGGAUGCGUUGGAUAGUCUGGAUCAAGUAAAAUCAUCUAUAGACUCCCCAGGAGAAGCUGCUUCGCACUCAAUGAAACCCAUGGAGAUCAGAAAGCUUCGAAACGCAGUACAUUGCUUGGCUUUGCAACGUGAUCCCCUGCAAGCUUUUUCCGAGUGCACCACGGAGUUGCCCACCAUGCGAGAGUCCAUCUCUGAAGCCCCGUUACACUCCGCAGUUGAGCCUACUGCCGAAGAUCCAAUACCGGACAUGAUGCCAGAGCUGCUAUAUUUGCCACAGCCUCAAGCAACAGCACAACGUACAGAUACGACCAUGUCCAAGUUCAGAGGCCCUCGACUUGCUGAGCUAAUCAAGGGACGCCUCACUAAGAGUGCUUUCUCCAAAUCCGAUUUUUUUCCGCAAUAUGAUCUUGAGGAACUCCUCGAUGAGGCUACCAUCAAAAGAGAGCUCAGAAAAGGUGGAUGUGGAAAGGACCCAGAACUCGCCGCAUUCAUACAGAACCAUGCAAAGAGAACAUUUGCUAUACUUGCGUAUCGGGGCCUUAUCAAAUAUGCUACCGGUCUAAACAUCUACAAGUUCACAGAUGCUUACCUGCCCAUCGAGGAGAAGGUUGCGCAAGUGACGUCGCUCAAUGGAUUUCUCAAGGAUGACAGUGCCCUGGACUGGUUUUUAACAUGGCGACUGGAGAACGUAAAGGCCCCUUUCCCGAGCUCUGAAGAUUCAGAAGCCUCCAGCGAUGAAGAAAUUGCGGAUUCUAAUACCACCGAUUGGGCAAAUAUUAGGAACUUUCGCGACACCCAAUGGAUCUUCCUUGCAAGGGUAUUCAAGAAGGGUGCGAUCUUUGAGAUAUUGCAUGACAAAUGUCCGUUACCCAUUAUCAAAUAUAAGAAAGAUGUAGCCAGUGGAGGUUUCAGUGUUCUACAUAAAGGUCGAAUACAUCCAGCUCACCAAGUGGGGCUCAUCACUGGCGAGCUCAUUGCCAUCAAGGAAUUGAAGGACGAUAAGUCUCGAUCUGAGAAAGCUUACAACGUGGAGCUUGAUGCGCUUGAAAUGGUGCAGAAACUCGAUCACGACCGUAUUGUCAAGUUCUUCGCAGGGUUUGAACAGGAUGGUCAACGGUAUCUUAUGUUCCAAUGGGUGGACGGCGGGAAUUUGAGAGAGUUUUGGGAAAGAGAGCCAUCGAUUCGAGAUAGGGCAACGAUUGAGUGGGCACUGAAUGAGAUCAAAGGCCUGGCUGAAGCCCUGAAAUCUUGGCACAAUUACGACCCCGACCCCAGCUCUCAACGAUUUUGUCGCCAUGGAGAUCUGAAACCUGAGAACAUUGUGCUAGAUCGAAGCACAGGGGGUCGAGGCAAGUUUCUGAUUGCAGACAUGGGACUCGCCAAAAUCCACUCACAACCCACGCAUGUGCGUCGGACGCCGUCCUGGGGUCUCACAGGGACGCUACGCUAUCUGGCCCCGGAGCUCAAUAGUAUUGCACCGCAAAUCUCCCGCUCUAUUGAUAUAUGGAGUUUCGGCUGCAUACUACUCGAAUUCAUCAUCUGGAUACUCUAUGGCUACGAGGCCUUACACACUUUCAACACCUCGCUUUCUGAAUUUUCCAACAGAUUCUACAUAUUUGUUGGCCAGGAGUUACGGCUUCACCCAACGGUUCAGCUUUGGAUUGACCACAUGAUGAACACUAGUCUUACGAAACAGGGUCCAAGCAUGAGCGGCGCUCUUGGAGCCAUGCUUCGAUUGGUACACGACCGACUCUUGAUCGAGGAUCCAGAAAGCAACGGAGGUUCAACAAUAAUGGUGAAUGACCGGAAGGUUCACAUCCCAGGAACAGUUCCUACUAUCAUCACGACAACGGUAGAUGAAGAGAACACUGCUAUUUCCCUCAUUCCAAGGGCUAAGAUUGGUGAAGUCUGCGAAGUACUUUCGAAGAUUGUACAGAACACCAGCUCCAAUUACAGUUAUGAUCCAACCUUCCCGAUGAAUGCGCAGAAUGGCAGUGGACCUCAAAGCAGGCAAUCAUCACUUCAUGAAAACACGGUCCCCGUUACCAAGCUAAGAAAGCGACAGCAGGACCAGGACAGCUUAGACUCGGGCUUUGGCUCUGGGUCUGUUGGAUUCGCCAGCACUCAACACCCUUAUGUGACACCGGAACUGUCUGAUACCUGGGAAAUAUACACCGACAAUCAGUUUGCCAAGGACGUUUUCAGAUCCCUUGACCGGAAUGAUAUUUUGGAAAUUUUACCAGCAGAGACAACAUCUCCGAUCGGACUUUGCGAAAAUUGUUCAAAAAAAGAUGGAGGUAUUCUUUUUGGUCGUGGAUAUUCUUCCCGUAUGAGUGAUAUUAAAACCACCGCUCACGUUUGUAAUCUUUGUCGAAUACUUUCCGACACCUCAACAUCAGGUGCCGAGCUGACAUACUACCGGAACCGCUCCUCUCUGGCUACUAGUAAGAACGGACCUCCAGUCUGGUCCUUGGUUGUUGGCCCAGGCGCCCUCAAUGCCUCGUUAGAUAUUCAAAGGGGUUUUCCACUCCUUCCAGAACCAGGAGGUUCAGUUCAAGCUGAACUACUUCGGCAAUGGGUUCAUGACUGCAAUUCCAAUCACAUCUGCGAGCCCAAGAGCCUUAUUUCUAUGCCUACGCGACUUAUCGAUCUGAAAACGCGCGGUGAUCCGAACGACUUGAAUCUUGACUGCUCAGCACAUCGCCAAGACAAGCGUUAUGUUGCACUAUCGCACAGAUGGGGGGACCCAGACAAGCACAAGAGUAUCUGUCUCCUGAAAGACAAUCUGGAGCAGUGGCAGAGACAUAUUAAUCUUUCAAAGCUCCCACAGACAUUCCAAGACGCCGUCAACAUUACGAGACAACUGGGCUUGAGAUAUCUUUGGAUAGAUUCCCUGUGUAUCUUGCAAGACUCAGAGAAUGACUGGAAGACUGAAUGCCAAAGGAUGGAGGACGUGUUCAGCUUCGCGAACGUUACCCUUUCCGCAACCUGUUCAAGUGGUGUCAAGGAUGGUUUCAUCCGGCCCGAUAGUAUACAAAACUUCCGGAGAAGGACCGCAUAUCCCCUUGAUUUCAUCACGCGGGACAGGGAAAGAACAAGAUUUUAUCUCUGCGAUGCCAUUGACGACUUCAAACGUGACGUUGAAGACUCCGAGCUCAGCACGCGUGGAUGGGUGUUUCAGGAGAGAGCACUUUCCCGACGGAUCAUUCACUUCACAAAGACCCAAUUGUAUUGGGAGUGUGGAGAGGGAAUAAGAUCUGAGACCUUGAACCGACUUUGCAACUCCAAAUCCGCUUUCAUGUCCGAUCCAGAGUUUCCAACAUCCAUGGCUUCCCAAUAUAAGGGAAUGAGAAUAAAAUUCUUCGAAGAAAUUUACCGACGGUAUUCAGAGAAGAGCUUCACUUACGAAGCAGAUAAAUCGCUAGCUAUGGCCGGAAUUGAGCGCCGAUUGGAGAGAGUAUUCAAGGCGACCGCGUGGUACGGGAUCUUACAUGACCCCAAUGAUCUAAGCUAUCUUCGAAGAAGCCUUCUCUGGCGAACCUCCCCCCCUGCUGAAAAUCGAGAAGCAGCCCUUAAGCCCGGAAGUUUGACAUAUUCCAUCAAGUACCCCGCGGAUCGUCAAGUCCCAACGUGGUCCUGGAUGGCGGUGAAAAGCUCGAUUGAAUAUAUGCCGGCCCCCUUCGGUGAAAUGGACUGGAACCUGGACCUGGACCUAGAGUUCGCUCCCAGCACGACCAAAGACAUUAUCCAAAGGAAGCAACCCACAGGCAUUCUGAGAGGGACCAAGCUUCCAAUUGGCAAGCACAGUGCCGAUGAUGACAGAAUUUUCGACUAUCAUGGAUUUGCAGGAUUUACGCGACUAUCAGAUAUCGGCUGUGUCAUUGUAGGUACCGAGAAGAGCGAUACUUUGACAAAGCUUCAGAAGCAUUAUGUCCUGCUUAUUGUGCCAUCAAAGUCUGGCGACCUAUACCAGAGAAUUGGCGUAGCUACAAUUUUUAGAGAGCCUUCUUGGAUAUUUGAGAACCCCAAGCGGGUCAGAAUUGCGUGAAGACUGUUUUCGAGAGCGCGAUACAUGGCAUUAGCGUUAGUCAUUUCUAGAACAAUGUACUUAGUGUCCUUGGGGUAUGGUACAACUAAUCUGCUUCUCUACCGAG